AUCCUAACUUUGUGAACCUAACCUCACUCCUCAGUGUACGGUGUUUUCAUAUUUGCUUGUUGACUAUUAACUGGUCUACUUGAAAAGCUUUUAAACAGAAUGUUACAACGUGCGCUUAAAGUUUUUUUAGAAGUCAAAAACAUAGUAAGUGAAUAUACAUUUUGGCCUUUCAGCAACGUGAAUGUCAUGCUUUUAGGGGAGAUAUUCAAUAAAUGCUUUGGAUAGUAUUGAAUUCAAAACAAACCUUACGGUUGAGGAACAGUCCAAAGUUUUAAACAUUUUGAACGUAUCUGGUAAACCUGAGCUGUCCAGGUACAGCAUUCCACAAAAUCGUAUCAAGGACAUUGUAAAGUGGAAGAAUAAAAAUGGACCUUUUAAAUCGCUAGCAGAAGUACUUGAGGUUGAUGGACUUAGUCAACACAUCCUGGAGCAGAUGUGUGAUAAUAUAAUAAACAAUGAUUGUAGUAGUGAAGUUGAGAUAAGCAAUUCCAGAAGUGCCAGGACGUUCAAACGACUUAUCACACCACCAAUCCCAAUUAAAUUAUUGAAUGAUUUAGGCACUGCCCUUGGUGUAUAUUUCAGUCCGGUGGGCAUGAGUUGGGCUAAAAUAAGUAAGGAAGACAAUUAUCUAUUGAACUGGGGUUUCUACAGCUUUUGCUCACUACCUAAAACGAUGUUGUCAAAUGAUAUUUUCAAUUUGGCUGUGUCUGCUCUUCAAAAACUGCCAUCUGCUGACAUGUAUGUACUUGAAUCUAUGUCAAAUGGAAGACCUACAAAAAUGAAGCUGGCAACCAUCGCAUCCGAUGGCCAAGUUGAACUAGCAUCUAUGUUAAUUGCAUUACUAAACACUAGUAUGAAGCACAAUACAUCUCUAACAUCUACAGAUAAAGCAGUUGCUUCCAAAGAGAUAAUUGAAAAUAGAGUAUUCUUUCUAAAAUCAAACGUUCCUGCAAGACUUUUCAAAAUCCUAGUUGGCAAUGAAAAAGUAUCCGCCAUCACAAAAGUGACAAGACUGAUUGAAAAUGAUGGUACCUUCGAGGUGGAGGUGCCUUGUUCUCCAAUUUCAGUCAAUUCGCACCUAAAACAAGCGUUCAUGGCGGAGAAUUCGGAAAACAAGGAAUUGCUUAGCCAGGCGUUAAUGCUGGUCGUCACUUUCAUGGAUGUGUGUGUUCGCAAAAACCCAGCUACCCUUGCGAGCAUUUCUUCACCGCAGAGUGCGGCAAAAGGAUGAAAUGUACAUGAAUUGUUGCAGUUGAUGUGUACUGUGUAUCAACGAAUUCGGGCUAGGGAAGGAGCAAUACCAUGCAGUAUGUCUUGAUCCACGAUAUUCUAGUCGAUAUAUGAGUACUACAAGUCGCUUAGCCUUAAAUCGCCAGUUUGUCAGCUGCCGCUGACACUUCGCAUUAAAUUCGUAUUUUUCUGCGAAACCACAUGAACGAGUAUCGGUUUCCAACAGUUUUAAUGCUCCAGAAAAUUUUCGAGAAUAUCGAAGGUUUUGGUGGAUUACAAAAGGCAAUGUACUGAAAUACUGAAAAGGCCAACUGGAACUUUAACUUAGGGUCCUAUUUACUUUCAUUUGGAAUCUAAAAGAUGUUUGUAAUGGCAUUU